UUUCAGGGUUAAUUGGUUCUAAUACAUGCACUUGUACACAUGUUUCAUCUUGGUUUGAGAAUUUUUUAAAUCAGCUGCUCACAAAGUUAAACAAUACCUUUAAUCAUAUUCGGGACAACGCGAUUCACAAGUACACUACUGGAGAGGCCUGAACUUGCCCAGGUAUAAAACUUGUAUCGAGAUUUACAAUGGUGUCAAAGAAAUUGAACUCCGGUCAGGAGCACCUUGGUAGCGACAAAACCCCACCGGAUCCCCGGCGUCAUGUGGUAUUGAUAGCAGUAUUUUUCUUCUUCGUUAUCGAAGCUGGUGUGCUCAAAUCUUUUGGAGUUCUCCUGUCACCUUUGGUCUUCCAGCUAGACAGCAAUUAUGCAACUGUUGGGGCGUUAUUUUCUUUACCCUGGAGCGUGGAAUACAUAUGUGCGGUGGUGAUCAGGUCACUGGUAAAUCAUACUGAUCUGAACAUGAUAUCGAUAGCCGGAGGAUUGAUAGCCGGAGUUGCCAUGACAACCUCAUCACUCACCCGUACAACAUUGGUUCUAGCAAUUCCCUUAAUUUUCUUUGGAAUUGGCCAAAGCAUGAUACUGAUCCCAGCAAUUAUCUGUCUACAUCGUCACUACAAAGAAAAUUUCGCUUUCGCCUGCUCCUUUGUCUUAGUCGGUUCUCUUGUCGGAGUUUCUCAUAGUUCCUAUCGCAACUGAACUACUAAUUGAAGCCUACGGACCACACAGCGCCCUCUUCCUCCUCGGUGGUAUUUGCCUCAACAUGUUCCCAAUCGGUCUUGUCUUAAAACUACCAAAGGAAAAGCAUAAGAGAUCUCCUGCAGCUGUUUGUGAACACCUCUUGGAGGAUAUCGAUACUUGCUCGGCACCCUCUACCAUGGCAAAAGUACAUUGUUCAGAUGAUAACGUUAAUCACACCAACAAGGUGGAGUGUGGUAUUCUGCAAAAAGGAAGCAAUAUCCUACAGAGAUCAAAUGAAAAAGGAUCACCUAACCCUGAUAAGAUGGCUGGUGUUUAUUAUAAAAUGGGAGAAGAAAGCAACGUUGGAAGCGAAAGUGACAUAGAAAUGGUGACUGAAAAGUUGGAAUCUUCACAUUCUGGCUAUACAAAGACACAGAGUGAUCCAGAUGUAGAUAUCAUCAAGGAUAGUACUCGAAGGAAAAUUUCAAAGAAACUCUCAAGCCUGAAGACAUUUGCGGAGGAGGCAAAGUUCUUCCUGGCAUUCAUUUUACCCUGUGAUGUUCUUGGUUUGUUUACGUUCAUGAGUUGGACUUUAUUCAUCGUACCUUUUGCCAUCUCUGAGGGAAUCCCUGAAGCCCAAGCAGUCUUCGUAGGGACCAUGGGAGGUGUUGGAGGUCUGGUUUCCAGGGUAUUGGGCACUGUUAUCCUGCACUUUCAUCCGACCUGGGUGUCUGGUCAGUACGUCCUGUUCUGCUCAUUGACGUCGCUGAUGCUGUUUCUCCAACCCCUGAAGACGUCUUACACCUACAUCCUUGCCUGCUCGUUCUUCUUGGGCUUUGGUCUGUAUGGUAGCAGAUGCCUGUUUGAAGCGUUGGUGUCCAAUGUGGUCAGACCCGAUAUCUUUCCCACAGCUAUUUCCAUCACGUAUCUUUUCAGUGGCGUGAGUGGAAUUCUGACUGCUUACAAUUCUGGUUCACUCUAUGACAUGACUGAAUCCUAUGAUGUAGUCUUUUAUAUUCUGGGUGUCCUAGAAGCGGUCAAUGUGGGCAUCUUCCUCCUACUCCUAGUCAUCAAGAAGCGGCUGAGGAUCACACAAAACCCAGACAUGGAAUAAUUCAAGAAGAGUCCCCUCCAGGACAAAAAUUCGUCAAUCAGUCAAUGUAGAAUUUAGAGGGUCUCUGCAUUUGCACAAAAUAUAAAUCUGUUUUUAGUGUCACUACUAAUAUUUUUUUAUUAAUUGUAUAUUCAUAUAAUUUAUUCAUUUCAAAUGUAAUGGUGGUAUAGUCUUGUUUAUUGCAUUGACUUAAUUCAUUUGACAAACUGUGUUUUCCUGAUUUGAAUUUUAAUCGUUGAGAAAGAAAUAAAUGAAAAUGAUAUGAACUUGAAAAUGAAAUGAAACAAGAAAAAUGUGUAAUUUAAAUAGUAAAAAUUUCCAUCUAGAACACUUACUUGGUGGCAUGAAUGGGAGACUACGUGCAUUAUUCAAUAUACAUAAUUAUAAUUUUCCUUUAUGGUCAAUUUUCUUGGGCUCCCAAUGCCAUUGCAUGGUGUUUGUGUCUCUGUGACCAAUUUUUCUCGAGGGAGCAUAGCGAGUGAGCAAAUUUUUCGCCUUUUCAAAAUGAAAAUCUAAUGAUUUUGAUAUAGCCUACGCUAGUGCUUCUAAACAAUCAAA